AUGGGGACUGCUGCUGUGCGUCUCGAUCGGACGGCUCUGCUCUUACUGGGCUGCGCUCUGCUGUCCGUCUGGGCGGGUUCCGCCGCAGCGGACCUGGCGAUGGUCACCCGCAGCGGAAGGACCUUCUACGCCGGGUCCAGCAAGUUUGUUGUCCACGGAGGCAACUUUUUUCCGGCGAUGAUGGUUUGUUCCUACGGAGACCGCGCGCAGGUGUCCAACGUGCUGACGUCAGCAGCCAGCCUCGGCCUCAACGUUCUGCGGACCUGGGCCUUCUCGGACGGUCCCGGAAAGCUUCAGACGGCGCCCGGACAGUUCAACGAGCAGACGUUUCGGUGCCUCGACUUCGUCAUUGCGGAAGCGGCCAAGAACAACAUCCGGGUCAUUCUUCCCUUCGUCAACAACUGGAACGCAUACGGAGGAAAGGCGCAGUACGUUGCGUGGAGCAAGCAAGCAGGGAGCCCGUCGUCACAACCGGAUGAUUUCUACACGGAUGCCAACACGCGCGCGUACUACAAAAAGUUCGUAGCCACGCUGCUGAACCGCCGCAACACCAUCACGGGGAAGGUCUACAAAGACGAUCCAGCAAUCUUUGGUUGGGAGCUCAUGAACGAGCCCAGGUGCGAGUCGGACCCGUCCGGAAACACGCUUCAGGUGGGUGACGUCAGAAUGAUGACCUACGAUGACCCAGGAUGUCUAACGUCAGUGAACAGCUUCGACUGGGAACCUUCGACUGCGCCGAAAGAGAAGUCCAUCGAGCACUCAGGUCCUUCGAGUACCGCCAGAUAUUUCCUCAACCCAGGCAGCUGGGCCUCCAACACCGGAAGCGACUUCAUGCGGAAUCACAGGGUGGACCAGAUCGACUACCUCUCCAUGCACUUUUACGCCGACCAAUGGAUAGGCGGCACAGUGGACGACAAGUACAACUUUCAGGUCAACUGGGUGCGGGGACACGUAUACGAUGGAAGCGCAACGCGCCUCAACAAGCCAGUCGUUCUGGGCGAGUUCGGCUAUCCCAUCUCCGCGCAGCGGCAGCCUAGCGAGUUCGUGGACCGCAACCGCUUCUUCCAGUCCGUCUACCAGUCGGUGCUGACGUCAGCGCAGACGGGUGGCGCCUUCGGCGGGGCUCUGUACUGGCAGCUCGGCCUCAAUCAAUACCAGACCAGCCCGCCCAACACGUACACGGUCUACAGCCCGUCUGACGUGUCAACCCUGGGCCUCAUCUCCAGCCAGAGCGCGUCUCUCAAGAGCGCCCUUGGGCAGCAGUAG